UUUUCAGAACCACUCUAUGUUGGCUCCAGGCUCCGGUUAGUAUAUCAAUGUAUGUAUUAUUUUUCAUUUAGGAAUUUGUGUAGAUUAAGUGGUAUCUUUUUUACAUGUCUAGAUUUUCGAUCCCUUUUCUCACACCUCCCUUAUUUUUUCAUUUUUUUCAUUCAGCCAUCUUUAGCUGUGAAAUGGAAAACCCUGGCUCUAGCUCGUAUACGCUUCUCAUCAAAUUUUUGUGACUCAUAA